UAAUACCCAACCUGAACCUCCUCUGGUGCACCUUGAGGCCAUUUCCUCUUGUGCUAUCGCUGUUACUUGGGAGAAGAGGUGAUCUCCCAUCUCACUACAGCCUCCUUACAGGUUGCUGGAGAGAGCACUGAAGUCUCCCCCGAGCCUCCCCUUCUCCAGACUGAACAAUUCUAUUUCUCUCAGCUGCUCCACACAUCCUGCUUUCUAGAGCCUUUCCAGCUUCACUGAUCUUCUCUGAACGUAUUCCAGCAACUCAAUGUCCUUCUUGUAGCAAGAAGUCCAAAACUGAGAGCAAUAUUUGAGAUGUGUCAUCUGAGAUUCUGUGGAUGUACGUCUGCCUGCCUCAGUUACUAUGAUGCAGAACAAGUAAUCUAGUACAUCCUUUACUAUUCUUCCCCAUCAAGAACAGAAUAGCAGCACAAGUCAUUUAGAGAUUACUGGCUUGCAAAUCAUCUUUACUGAUACUCUCAGCUUUCAGUAUUUGUCAUUUCUAUAUAUCUGCUCUAUAUUGCUGUCUGUCUAAAAUAUUUUGGUGUGUUUCAGCUUCCUUCAACCUUCAUCGUAAUCACAAACAUGACAAGCUCCGUAUAGAGGCUGUGGACUUUUUGCAACUGGUUCUUGACUUAGAGUAGAAUCACACAAUCUUUAAGUUUGGAAAAGACCACUAAAAUCUUCUAGUCCAACCAUCAACCAUCUAGUCCAAGUAUCAACUUGAGGUAUCAAUACAGGCAAAAGUUACAGAAUCAAAUCUUUCAAGGCAAUGACACAGAAUCAGUUCCCUGGCUUACUAUGUGAAGAGCUGAUCAAAGGGUGAAACAGCAUUUCAGCCCAACAAAAAUGAGCAUGGGCAGAGGUACGUUAGCAGAUGAACAGCGAUGGGGAGGUCUGCCAUCCAGUGGUUUCUUUCUUAUUCCCAAACAGUUGCCAUGGUUUUGCUGCAUGCUGCAUGGUUACUUGAGUCUGUCUUCGAGAGGGAAUAAAGCCAGGAAGCUCGCUCACUCUGCAUACCCACAUUUUCAGCAGUGGCAGCUCUGUCAUGUGGUAGCGCUGCUGAGUCUUUGCCUACAGUAACUUUACAACAUCCAAAAGCUCAAGCUCCUCCUUCUGCACUUGUCAUCACUCCAGCAACUGGAGUUGUUUUCAGAGAAGGCUCCUCCUAUUUCCAGUCAGCAUCCAACUUUUGAACUCAAUUAUGUGCUAUUUCCUUUUUCAAAUGGUAGCUGAAACAGAAAUCCUGCUGUGUUUGGGUGGGUACACGGAGGCUGCUGGGCACUGCCCUUUUCCCAUAAAAGCCCUGCCAUGAAGGAUGUACAGAGGCAGCUGCGCCCACAGCUAUAACCCUGCAGGUCUCAAGCAAACGCCCAGAGACAUCCUGCAGCAAACAUGUCAGGCUGUUCUAAUUUCUACGGGAACAUAGCAGAAGUUGAAACAACUGGUGCAUCAGAGAGAACUGCGAAGCCGGAAGGUCUGGGCUAUGCAGGAGUUGCUGCUUCGGAGAAGAUCGCUGAAAGAGAUUUGAAGAAUAUGGAGAAAUAUAAAGAAACCAUUACAAAAGUGGCCAACAGCAAGUGUGUUCCACCAUCUUUGGUUGCUGCUAUUAUCUCUCGAGAGUCACAUGCUGGGACAGUACUGAAGGAUGGCUGGGGUGACCACGGAAAUGCAUUUGGUUUAAUGCAGGUUGACAAACGGUACCAUCAGACUCAUGGGGCAUGGAACAGUGAAGAGCACAUAAAACAAGGCACAGACAUUUUGUGUCAGUCAAUAACUGAAAUCCAGAAAAAAUUCCCAACAUGGAGUAAGGAACAGCAGCUCAAAGGUGGGAUUUCAGCCUACAAUGCAGGAACGAGAAACGUCCGGACCUACGAAGGAAUGGAUGUUGGCACAACACACAAUGACUAUGCCAAUGACGUGGUUGCAAGAGCCAAGGUUUUUCAGAGAAAUGGAUACUGAGAAAGAUAUCUGAGUAAUUACAUAAUACUUAUGGCAAAUACUUCUACAUUACCAAAAUUGCAAAUUGUUAGUCAGUAGGUGAUUAUGUUACCAAUUUUGUACUGCUGUUAGACACAUUACUGAUCAAUAAAAUCUGAAGUUGCUCCUGUUAAA